GGUCUUAUUUUUCAAAUCCUCUGGGUAAAUGCGCAACUACAACAAUUUUAAUCGUGUCUGGAAGGCGCCGCGCCGCCCGUUCGAGAAGGAACGUCUGGAUCGUGAGAUGAAGUUGUGCGGCCAGUACGGUCUGCGCUGCAAACGGGAGAUCUGGCGUGUGAACAUGACGCUGUCAAAGAUGCGUCGGACUGCGCGUUUGUUGCUCACCCUGCCGGAGAACCAUCCCCGGAGACUCCUUGAGGGUGCCGCCAUCAUGCGCCGCUGCCAUGACUACGGCUUCCUUGAAGAGGAUAAGGAUAAGCUUGAUUACGUGCUAUCCCUCACCGUCCCAGAUAUCCUGGAGCGUCGUUUCCAGACAAUCGUCUUCAAGGCCGGUCUCGCGAAGUCCGUGCACCACGCGCGCGUACUCAUUAAACAGCGUCAUAUUUCGGUUGCAAAGCAGAUCGUUACGAUCCCGUCUUUUAUUGUGCGCGUGAGCAGCGAGCGGCACAUCGCGUUCGCCGACGCUUCACCGUUCGGGAAUGGCCGUCCAGGCCGCGUUCGACGAGUGCGCGCGAAGGCCAGCAAGCGCGCCGCCGCUGGUGGUAACGACGACGACGAAUAAAAAGAAAGACCAAUUUUAUAAUUUAUCUAAAUUGUGUUUUACUGAGAAAAAAAGUGAA